AGCAUCUGAAGGGGCCAUUCGCUAUCAAAGUUUAGCAAAUCGUCUCGGACGGAAUUCACAGAGAAAGGGGAGAGAAGACAAGAUGGCGGAUUGAGUGGGUUGAGCUGUGGACAAACGGUUGAUACCCUUGAAGUUAGCUCGUUAGUUACCAAGGACUGAAAUGUUGGGCUAGAAAAACAUCGUCGUCCGUAGUAUUAUUGUUUUUUCUUUUGAACCCUUAUUGUGGAGGUCUUCCUCCCACCCGGCAACGGUCCUCGCUAACGCUAAGCUUGACUAGCUGCGUUUUUCGAGGUAGAUGUGACUAGCUGGUCGUACAAGGCCGUUGGGUUGAAUCAGACGUUCCUCCUACCGCGUCAUACAGCGUUUCUUAAAGGAAUUCGUAUUUUAACGAUCUUUUGUGGAUGGUACCUUUUUUUUCCCCCCUAAUUUGCGAAUUACAUUAUCAAGUUCUCAUAUUGCUACCAUUCGUCCAUAGUGACCAACACCAACGGGGUCAAGAUUACAUUUAUGUUUCGCCGACCAUUUGGUUACAACAGAUAUUCCUGAAGUGAAUCCAGUGGCCAUCGUCAUUUGGUGGAUAUCAUGGCGAGCAGCAGUGGCUCUAAAGCCGAAUUUAUUGUCGGUGGGAAGUACAAGCUUGUCCGGAAAAUUGGAUCGGGGUCUUUUGGCGACAUAUAUUUGGCCAUCAACGUCACAAAUGGAGAGGAGGUAGCGGUAAAAUUGGAGUCACAGAAAGCCAGACAUCCACAGUUGUUGUACGAAAGUAAGCUGUACAAAAUCCUACAAGGUGGUGUCGGGAUUCCACACAUAAGGUGGUAUGGCCAAGAGAAGGACUACAAUGUCCUAGUCAUGGACCUGCUUGGCCCCAGUCUUGAGGACCUGUUCAACUUCUGCUCUCGACGCUUCACUAUGAAGACAGUCCUUAUGCUGGCAGACCAGAUGAUCAGCCGAAUUGAGUAUGUACACACAAAGAACUUCAUCCACAGAGAUAUAAAACCAGACAACUUUCUAAUGGGCAUCGGCCGGCAUUGUAACAAGUGUUUAGACUCGUCAGUGGGGAAGAGGAAAAGAAGCUUGGCGGUUAGCUCUUCUCAGGACCCAUCUUUCUCAGGAUUAAACCAGUUGUUCCUUAUUGACUUUGGAUUGGCAAAGAAGUACAGAGACAACCGAACACGACAACACAUCCCCUACAGAGAAGACAAGAACCUGACCGGCACAGCACGUUACGCCUCCAUCAAUGCACACCUGGGAAUUGAACAAAGUCGGCGUGAUGACAUGGAGUCACUAGGCUAUGUGCUGAUGUACUUCAACAGAACCAGUCUACCAUGGCAAGGGCUCAAGGCUGCCACAAAGAAGCAGAAGUAUGAGAAAAUCUCAGAGAAGAAAAUGUCUACCCCUGUAGAGGUCCUAUGUAAGGGUUUUCCAGCAGAAUUUUCCAUGUAUCUGAACUAUUGCCGUGGCCUACGCUUCGAGGAGGCUCCAGACUACAUGUAUCUGCGCCAACUCUUCCGUAUUCUCUUCAGGACUUUGAACCACCAGUAUGACUACACAUUCGACUGGACCAUGCUGAAACAGAAAGCAGUGCAGCAGGGGGCCUCCUCCGGGGGCCAAGGCCAACAGGCACAAACCCCCACAGGCAAGCAAACUGACAAACCCAAGCCUAACAUGAAAGGUUUCUGAGUAGUCUCCUGCCAGAGCAGAGUAUGAGGAUAAACGAGGCUGGCUUUCCCGGACAAGCGACAAAGAAAGUCUAUCCCCUCCCGCUUCCAUCUGUCUAUGUAAUGGAAAUAUAUAGAUGUACACGCAUCUGCUGUUUCUAUAUAUUAAAUGUGUAUAUAAAGAAAUUCUCAACUCUGAAAGAAAAACGAUGGAAUCAAAGGUCCUUUGGAUGUGGAGGCUGUAGUCUCUUUUCCCUAACCUUAACCCUACAUAUCUUCUCAUCCAUCCCUGUCUGUCUUCCCUUUUCACUGUUGACUGUUUGUAAGGUUUUGUUGCAAACAGAAUUAAAACAUUAGUCAGCUCCUCAUGUUUGCCUCACUAAGGGAACAUCUCAAAGCAUCUCUUCUGUUUUUCACUACUUGUUUUACCCACUGCUUUACCAAGCAAAUGUUUAAACAUGUAAACCUGAAAACUUUACUCCUUUUUGCUUUUGAAGAGCUGAAUGAGAAAUCUCUAGAACCCUUAUUUACGGAAAGGUGAAUUUUUGGAAUUUUUUUUUCCUUUGGUGGUUAGGAGGUUGCCUAUUGACUUUAUAAGCAGCCGAUGGCAACAGUCUUGUAGAUUGAUACUCUGGCUCUUUCCCUCUUUAGAGCUAUGACUUAUUAAAUCUGUUGUAAAAACCCAUGGUCUUCUCCAGAAAUACCAAUAAAAACGUUAUACAACGGAC